CGUUCUGUGUCUAGGGAAGUGAAUCUGCGCUUCUGAGUGACUGCGCUACAUCUGUAACUAAAUUCUGAUUUUUAUUGAAAAAUCCUCUGAUCUGACUAAAUUUCUUCUUUAACUAAUGCAGUCGCUCAGUGAAAGCGGGUGAUUUUUGAAUGAGUGGACCAGAGAGACCGUUAUCCUCGAUAAGAGCAGCUCUCGGUUCUUCUUGGCACUUUCCCCUGACAAUCCAGCUUUCAGCUGACAUGUGGGAAUGGCAGAUUUUGAGUCUCACAGGCUUCAUCUCUCUAGUUCUUCUUCUCGUAGCUGUAUGUUAUAUCCUGUACUCUGGCCUGGCCACUGAAAUCCACAUCAGGACUGGUUUCCCCCCGGUCAGGAGCAUCACUAUAGCCUAUAAAUACGGAGUGGGACCUUAUAAAGACUGUGGGUCGCUGUUCAGAGAGAGCUGCAGCAUUGGAUCCACACUGCCACGCAUUGGGAUCUUUUAUGAUGAUCCAAAGAAGGUUCCAGCACAGAAGUGUCGCUAUGCGGUGGGCAGUAUUUUGAGUGAAAGCGAGGAUGCACCCAGUGAGGAUCAGCAGCAGCUGUAUGAGAAGCUCGGCUUCCGGGUUUUUUCUUUCCCAGAGGUCACACAUGUCGUCACAGCAUCCUUUCCUCACCGAACCCCUCUCUCUAUUUUCCUGGGGGUGCAGAGAGUUUAUCCACAGCUGAACUGCUACAUCAAGGAAAGGAAGUUGUGCGCACAUCCAUUUCUAGAGAUCUACAAAGGGGGAAUGAUCCACUAUAUGGCUCCGCUGGCUCGGCAGGGUGAUUUCUAUGUUCCCGAAGUUAGAGAGGCCCAAAGAUGGUUAUUGGGAAAAGAGUCUGAAGAGGACCGGAGGACAGACAUAACAGGUGCUGACUCCCACAGCGAGUGCAGUUCUGUGAGCCGCCUGCCCCACUCAGAAAGCAGAGACACCUCACCUGCCCCGUCCACCACACGGACACACUCACACAGAGACAGAGACCGAUCCUGGGACCUCGACCAUGUGGAGAGCAGCGACACCUCCAGCGUUUCUUCCUUCGAGGAGCUGGACCUCGACUCAGACAGGACGGACAGGUGUGAGCACACCCCUCCACCAAUCACAGGAAGCGGCAAAAAAAACCUGCAGGGCCAAGACAGAGAGAUGCUGGUCGAGGAAGAGUGAGAGAGCACAACUGUGGGAAAUGAGAAGGAAGUGAAUAUAGUUUUCAGUUGGUUUUAAAGAGAUAGUUCACCAAAAAAUGUGAUAUUGUCAUUGUUUUUUUGUGCAGAAAACACAAUCAUUACGUACUCUUGCCAACUUUCAAACUCC